UAGACCUUUCCAUAGAAAGUUACAUUACUGGCCUUAUAUAUUUUACGUUAAAGGAGAGGCAGGCUGCUGUUUUGAUUACUUUCUAUAUAUGAGAACCCCCUAUUCGGACACUGUAUCACUUACAGGGAGGGUACGGUUCCAUAUAUGGAAUAAAUCUCUUUAGAUGGCAAGAAUAUAACAAUGACAUACACUCUUUGGUUAUGAAAAGGAUAUUUGAGAUUUAGGCCCCAAUCCGUCUCCACCUAAUACCCUAAACGCCCAAAAUACACCCUUGACUUCUUUUUCCAGUAGAUAGGUUGUAACAAACUGGUCUUACCAAACCAUUCAUAUAAAGCACUUUCGUCCUCAAUAGCUGGUACUUUUCGCUUGUGACAAUCCAUCUAUGACGGGGCUAGAUUCAAUUAACAUGCAGGAGAAUGCAAGUUCUAAACUUGAUGAAGCAAAGGAACAAUCAUUUUAUGCCCCUGACAGCAAGAAAAAUACAAGACAUACUCGAUGGACUAGACAAGAAACAAUUGUGCUCAUACAGGCCAAGCUUGCUGUAGAGAACAGAGCACGAGCGAGAAGUAUACCAUUCUCAAUCUUUUCGUCAGACCAGAAUGAACCAAAGUGGGAUUCAGUUUCUUCGUAUUGUAAACAGCACGGUGUUGGUCGGGAACCGGUUCAAUGCCAGAAAAGAUGGAGUAAUCUUCUUGGUGAUUUCAAGAAAAUUAAGACUUGGGAGUCACACAUAAAGGAAGGGGCUGAAUCAUUCUGGACGAUGAGAAGUAAUUCGAGAAGAGAAAGAAAAUUGCCUGGUUUAUUUGACAGGGAAGUUUAUGACAUCUUGGAUGGAAGGGAAUUUCCUAUGGCCGCAACUCCACUGGCACAUGUUACGGCCAUGACAGAAAUAGACAGCAGCAGUGUAGAUCAAGUAGCAAUGGCAGCAGCAACAGCAGAGGAAGAGCAGAAAAAUGAAGAUGAAGAAGCUGAUGAGGAAAUUGGGCUAGAAAAUGAUAAGGAAACUAUUGCAAUGAGGAGUCCUGCAAAGACAGAUGGUAAUCUGUCUCCAAUUUCAGGUGAAGCUAAGGAAAAGGAUCCAGGUUCAACAGCUGGAACAGGAUCUAUGAUUCAGAAGGGGCUGAAGCGGAGGCGGUUGUCAAUAGAUGGAAGUGAGGACAUUAAUUGGGCCAAGGUUCUAGAAAGGAGCAGUAAUAUGCUAAGUUCUCAGCUUGAAUCUCAAAACAUAAACUACCAACUAGAUAGGGACCAAAGGAAGGAGCAAGCUGAUAGCUUAGUUGCUGCCCUCAAUAAGCUUACAGAUGUGCUGUUAAGAAUAGUCAAUAAGUUAUAAAUGAAACCAAGAUAAUAGACCUAGCUUCCCGCAACACAGUGAAGCAAAAAGGAAAUGAUUUCUGGGUUUAUUUAAGUUUCUUGUCAUAUUGUUGACCCAUGAAAGCUUUGCUAUCUACAUCCAGCCUUUUUAAUUUUCUUUCCUAGCAUUACUUCCAUAGUUUUUCUUUGGCCAAUCAUCAUUGGCAGAGUUUAGGACUGAAAUGAGAUACAAGGUAAGAGCAGAUCAGUCUUAAGCUUUUCUUGUAUUUAUGAAAACCAGAUGCAGUUCUCUAAAUUUGGAGACUCUUUUUUUCACUCUAAUGUACUAUAAUGAAUUGCUAAGGUUACAGUUUUCUUGUUUAAUUUCUUCCGAGUCAUUAUGAAUCUAGCAAAGAAAGUUGAAGCCUUUAAGCCUCAUUGGCAGUGUUGAUCAAUGGAUAGCCAUAUCUAUUCUGUUUAAAAACCUGGAGACUUGUUUAGACUUUCUCACAUAUCUUCUUCCAGUCAAGUUGACAACAAUGAAAUGAAAAAUUAUAGAAAUUUACCAUAUUGUACUCAAAUAAUUAUGCAUCAAGCUUGAAGGAAAGGAAAAAAAAAGGAUAACAUUUUAUUGCAGCACUCUGCCAUAACUGACAUCAUCACAUGAAACAUGAUCAAACAUU